UUUUGUGUGUGAAAAAUGAGUGCCGAAACCACUACUACUACUACUACUACUACUACUAGUGUUAAGACAAUUGUACAGACAUUGAGUACAACUGAUCCAUUGGUCAGACAAUUGAUUAGCGAUGACUUAUAUAAACAGUUUUUAGACGAUAGCUUUGACGAUAGUUCAAAGACUAUCACCACAGGUGCGGCUCAUUCAAUGUCCAUCAAUGAACAGAUAAUUAAGAUAAUGGCGGGCAUAGAUGUCCUUAACAAAUGUGUUCAGCAGUUAGUUGCCAACAAAUACGACGAUCUAUUGGUACAGUCGUGCAAAGUCGAUACAUUGCAAGAUGUACUCAAACAGAUGCAAAUGAAAAUCCAGUUACUAUUGACACAGAUCCAGAAGAUCCGAUCGAAACUGGUUGAUCCGUACGAUACAAUUUGCCGACAGAUUGCUGUACUGAAUAGACUGCAGGUUACCUGCGAUCUGUUAAGACAAUCGAUACGUAUUAUACAUUUGUUGAAAAGUCUUCGCGAUUGUCCAUUCGAUGUCGAAACCGAACCGUCGCUAUUGGCCCGACAGUUGACCAAAGCUGGUCAGUAUUUGUGUCAAAUUGAAGAUAUUGUAGCUCAAGACACCAAUGGAUGUCUCCAUAGGAUUGAUGUUAUCAAACAGGAUUUGAAAUCUAUUGGAGGACUUAAGCUAAGACUCAUUGAUCGUACGGAUCAGUUGAUGAGCAAAUCAUUGGACGAUCGAGAGAACGGGCAAUUGGCUGCUGCACUACAAGUAUACUAUAAUCUGAAUGUUUUGGACGAAAAAGUUGGACAACUUGUCGAUCAAAAACAAAAUCAAAUACGCAAAGCAAUUGCCACUGCAAUGGAUACGUCGGCACUGAGCCAAUCAAAGAGUUCGACGCCGGGCCGGGUUUUCAUACCGAUGACCAUCGCUCAGAGCAGUACAUUGCGGUCGACUUUGAGACAAAACUUGGAUACACUUAUCGAUAAGAUAUUUGAUAUGUUUUGUCAAAUCAAUUUGGUAUACAAAUUGCUUAACGAUGGAAGAGAUUCGCUAACCAACAGUAGUCUUGUGGAUCAGUUGACUGAUAGAAACAUUGAUGGACUGAACAGUUUCUGGACAUACGCAACAAAAUCAUUGUCGGAACAGUUAUGCAAAGCGGCUAACGAAUCGCAAGCAGUACGUCAGGCACUGGAAACUGAAUUUCCUAAUUAUCUCCAAUCGCUCGGCAAUCUAUGGCAACGUAUUGGUCGUGAGAAUCGGGAAAUAAAUGCCGAACGAAUAUUACGGUCAUCGGUUCAGGCUUUCGAAAGUGCAUACCUAUCACGAUCGCUGUCACUGCUAUUUGAUUCGGUAAACAAAGUGUUUGCCGACGCCAAAGAAUCGUCUUACGGCAACAGCGGAUCAAACACUACUACUACUUCAAGUGACUCAAACACUGCAUACUUGCAAACGGUUCCCUCGGAUAAAGACAUCAAACUUAUUGUCCGACAUAUUAGCGGUGAACUCCUGGCCAGCAGUGGCGAUAGUCUACUGUGUCAAUCGGUGGCCAAAAAUGUAUCGAAAACUAUCAACUUAUUUGUAUUGAAAUCGGAACAAUUGUCAUCGACCGACGGUAAUUCUACACAAGUAAUCGGUUCGUUUACGGCCAGUCAGCGGCUAAACUCGACAAUUGUCGACAGAUUGCAAAUGUUUCGCUUGAAAAUUACCAAUCUAUUGGCCACAACCAACUGUCCACCCGAUUAUCUGAAAUUAAUUGAACAAUCGUUGACAUCAAUCGAUAAUCUAAUGUACAAUACAUUGAAUCCGAUGUUUGAUAGUAUAAGCGAUGCCAUCGAAGCUAUUCUAUUGACAAUGCAUUCGGAAAACUAUAGCGAUGAUGACAAUUCAGGCAUCAAUGAUAAUGAAGUCAAACCUUCGCAAUACAUGAAAGAAUUGCAGACAUUUAUUGCCCGUAUUUCCAGUGAUUAUUUGUCCCAAUUUCCCGAUUGCGAUGUCACUAACAAAUGCGUCGAACGAGUGGCCAAUCGUACGAUCGAACUAUUUCUCAGACAUAUCUCAUUGGUUAGGCCACUGUCCCGUAGAGGUCGUAUGAUAAUAGCUGCCGAUUUUGCACAGUUAGAGAUGGCUCUGACACCGCUUUGUCAGCCGAUAUCACGACUCGGACGCCAAUAUCGUGUCCUCCGGUCGUUCAAACCGUUGUUGAUUCAGACACCCGAAUCAAUAGCCAAAUCGUGCGCUAUCGGCGAUCUGAUAGCCUAUCCGCUGAUCAUACAGUUUCUGAUCUCUAACUAUGCGCCCAAUGAGAUCAAGAGUGCCCAUCAUUAUAUGAAUUGGUCACUAACCAGAUAUAACAAAUGGUUGGAUCAGCACACGGAUGAUAUGGAAAGAUUGACAUUAAUUAAGAAUUCAUUGGAGUCGUACAUCAAGACUAUCCGUCAAUCAGAUGGCAAAUCGUUUGCAUCCGUUUAUCCUAUUCUUAUAGAACUAUUGCAAAAAGGAUUGCAAAAAUCAUCGGAGAUCACUACCAAUUGAUCCCAACAAUACU